AUGUACCGAGGACGACCGGAGGGCACCCCUUUUCAUACACUUCUUGUUGAAGGAUAUGUUGAUGGGCCACUUGAUGUUUGUAUGUGCAUUUCAUGGGAGUCUGCCCUGUAUAAGAAAUGGUGGCCUCAAAUCGCGAUCCCGACUUUCAGAGUCGUCUCGUCGAAAUGUUUACAAAGAGUUCGAGUUGGCGAACAGAUAUCUUUAGUAAGGAUGAAGCUUUCGUGGCCGUUGUCGAGCAGAGAGGCAUUGGUACAUUAUUUCGCGUUCGAAUAUUUCCAAGAUGGCCUAAUGGUGGUGCUCCUUAACUCGAUUUCAGACUCGGAUACUAUUGAUGGAGAUAGUCAUGGAUUCACGAGGGAUGGUAUUCCGGAGCCGGAAGAAGUAGUUAGAAUUGAUGUGGUCGGAGGUUUUGCUUUGCAGAAGGUGAACGAGAACAGGAGUUACUUCCGGACGAUAGCAAACAUGGAUAUCAAGCUCGACUUUGUGCCGCCGGCAUUCAUCAAUUUCGUCUCUAGGCAACUCAUAGGAAGUGGCUUCAAUCUCUAUAAAAAAGCAGUUGCUUCAGUUGUUUCUAAAGGAGACAAAGAAUAUCGUGAGGCUUUGGAGGGCCCGCUUUACAAACAAAUGCGCGGAUCUCUCUAUUCAGGAAAUUCUACCGAGGCCCAAAAUCUGGAAACUCCAAAAAGAAUGAAGUUGCCUGAGGUUGAAUUCAAGCACGGGAACGAAAUCGAGUAUUCCAAAGAAGACAAUGCAGAAGGACAUGAAUCAUUAUUAGACGAUCGUGCCAAGAGAAAGUUGGUAAAUUUUUCAGCCGAUGAUCAAAUUACUAAAGAUGUUACAACCGAUGAUAAGGAAACUGUUGAUGGAACAUAUAACAGCACAAUGGAAAAUUGCGAACCCCAGAUUAGGGAAAAUGUUGCUAUAAUAAGUCCAAAGGUGAAAGAAGCUCUCGACACGUUGGAAAAGGCAAUUUCGCUAUUUCAUGAACCCGAUCGAGUGAGUGAAAAAUCCGAAUCAGGGGAAAAUCGAAUUCUCGAGCCAAGAAUCAUCUCAUAUGGUCAUGCUUCCAGGUGA